AUGGCCGGCCGGUUCUUCCAGUCGUCCCCGUCGCCGUCCGCCAUGAUCGUCACCAACACCCCGGCCGCCGACCUCGCCCUCACCAACCUCGCCUACUGCUGCUCCUCCGAUCUCCACCACUUCGCCGUCCCCGGCACCAAGCUCUCCUCGCCUCCGUCCGCGAUUCCUUCGUCCUCUCCAAACUCCUCACGAAUAUAUCCGCCCUGUCACAUCGCGCUGAAUGCCAUCCAACGGCGCUACGCGAGGGCUUCGACCGGCAACUCGAUCUCUGUUUGCAGGUUUGUGCCGCCAGAAAAUUUCGAUCUGGCGUUUCCCACGCUUGAGCUGGAGUUUGUCAAGAGAGGAGCGAAAAAUGAACAGGUUGAUGCUGUUCUACGGGCUAAUCAACUACUGAAGAUGUUGACAAACAGGUACUCCAUACUUUUGUCAGGACAAUUCCAGUUCGCUUAAUGCCAGCAUCAUUCUUGGAGUGUAUAGAUUAUGUUCAUUCAGUCAAAUUUAUUCUCCUCAUUGCAUUUAUUAACUAUUCCCCCUCUCGUCCUCGUUAUUGGUUUACAAGUUAUCAUUUUGGCCCCCUUGUGGGGAAAUUCAUGAGCCAGUUGCUAGUCCAUGAGGCAUGUAACAAUGCAUUUCUUGGGAUCACCUGUACUGCAAUCGACGAUCGAGGACCCCUUGGAUGCCUUGAGAACCAAAUCCGACCAGCAAAAACACCCAACUAGUUGCUAGUUUACGAGGACAGAACCGCCGCCCGCGACCCGCCCCGGGUCCGGGUCCUGCGUCCAAUGGAUGCCUCGAGACCAGCUUUCCACAGUGCACCCACCCACAAUGUAAGCUUCUCCCCAACUAUGCCCGCAGUAGCAAACAGCCCUCUCAUGCAUGGCGGGCCCGGACUUCCACCAGUGGGAUCGGCAAUCCAGGAGCCAGAUGCAGUCCGUGGCCAUGUCAUUGAUGGACCUGCCGGGGACGAAGAUCAGGGGGCCGAGGGUGGCAAAGUGGAGCUGAUGGCAGGGUAAGGGGAAGGGUUAUGGGGAUGAGAUGGUGCUGCUUCGGAGAGGUGGGGUUCAAGAAGAGGGUGAACCAGAAAAUCGGGGAGGCAAAGGACGAGGUAGAGAGAGGGCUCCGUGCAGCGGAGGAGGUGGCGCUGGAGAAGAGGGGAGGGAGAGGCGAUAUCAUCCGGGAGGGAGGGGAUCAAUGGGGUCGCGGCAGUUGGAGCGGCAGAGAGGGAGGCAGUCGUGAUCCAGAAAUGGCCGUCGAGUUUGGAAUGGGAGUUGAAGCUGGUACUUCGAAACCGGUUCUAAUUUAUAGAGAUUUCAUCAAUUUGCAUUGCGAUUUAACAUCAAUUGAUUAGUGUCCACCACCGAAAGAUAAUCCCAUUUGUGGUGAUAAAAGAAUCGGUCGAGUUUGGUGUUUUUCUCAUAGCGGAAACCAAUAAAAAAACA